AUGUUGGACUCUGUAUCAACUUAAUUGAAAACUGAAUCAGAUUCUGUAAAGGACAAUCCUCCAAGCAAGUUUAAGCAAAACUUCAUGCAAACUAAUUAAAGAUUAUUAAAUACUAAAAAAUUAACAUACUCCAACAAAAAAAUAGUGAUUUCCAAUCAGAAAGAUGCUUGGAAAUAAAUGUUUGGCAAUUUCUUACACGAUAUUAAUCUUAAAUAGAAGAAGGAUCAUACCUCUAAAGAAGCCAAAGAGGUAUUUUGGCUUAUCUUAGGUUUAGCAUCUUUAAGAUCCUCUUGUGAACGAAGUGCCAAUAUUCCUCCCAUGUUCAAAUAAGCAGUUUAAACUCUAGUUCUAUAAGUAUUUAGAAGGGGAACAAUCGAUUAAUGAAUUAUUGAAGGCCAUAAGAUUCCCUCGCUUGGAAGCAGUAAGUAAUAUUUUUAUUUGUUAGAUAUCAUUGGAUGAUUAAAAAAGGUAAAGAAGAAAACUAUCCAUUGUUUAAAAAAUUAAGAAAAUGAAAGCCAAUGACUUGGCUAAAACAAUUGAUAAGACUCCAUAAUUAGAAGUUGUAAGUUCAACAAAACAAAUGAGAGCCUAACAAUUGAGAUUGGUUGAUCAGCGAAGAUUUACAGAGGCUGGGAAAUUGAUGGAAUUAUAUCAAAUUAAAAUUAAUAAGAAGGUCCAAGUUUUAAGGGAUUUUAUUUAGUAAAGAGUAUUAUUAUUUAAUAUUACAGAUCAAAUUGAGACAAUAAUUAAAUAAAGAAUAAAGGGAAGAGGAAAUCAGAAAUAUUCAUUUCAUUAAGACAUUCUUUGAUAUCACUAACGAUUACAAUUAACAUAUCUUGGAUCAAUAAGAAGAAUUGCAGGAUGAUGCUUAAUAUUAUAAAAAAUUAGUACCAUGUCAAAAGAAAUUAAAGUAAUUGUUGGUCAAUUAUGAUAAUGUACAACCAAUCAUAAGACAUUAAGAAAAGCAUUUUGAUAGAUUUGAUUAUCCUUCUUUAGGCAUGUUAAAAAAUUAAAUGAAUUAAUACUCCAAAGAUUAUUUAGUUGAACUUGAAUAGUAGAAAUAAAUUCAAUUUAAAACUGCAUUAAAUUAAGUUCGCAAACUAUUAGAAUAGUAGAAUAUUAAAUUUUAAUCAGAAUUGAGAAAAUCUAAAAUUAAAAGUAAUCAAAAUUCAAAAUCCCAAUCUCCUCUAACUCUACAAAAUUAAGACACUUAAAAUCUUAUAAAUUCAUUAAAUGAUUGUCCACUUGAUGUUAUUGUAGCAAGUCCAAAAAGGAAUGUUAAUUAAUAUAAAUCCUACUCUUAAUUGAAAAGCUCAAUUGCAGAUCCAAUAAAGAGGAAGGAUUAUGUUAUUACAAAAAAACCUUUUUAUCUAUUUACUAAGCAAGCAGAUGGAGAUAAAAAUUCAAAAAAUACCAAGGGAUUAAUUACAAAUUUCGAUGUUAAAUUAUACGACUACAUUCACAAUAGAAAUAUUUACACAUUAAACAAACAGUAUAAAAUUUAUUGAUUCUAGAGUUUAAGAAAACACUCAAAAAUUUCACACUUUAAUAGAAAGUUAAUAGGAGCAAUAGUUAAAUGAGCAACUUGAUACUUAACUUAAUCAAUUAAGAAAAAAAAGACUAAAAUUACGUUAGCAUGGUUCAUUAGAGGCUUAGAGAAGAAUAAAAACUGAAAAAUAACAGGAUGAAAUAUCGGAUGAUCAAUCAUUAUAAUCAAUUUAUGAAGUCAAUCUGGAUGUGUAUUAUGAUCAAUCAAAUUAAUUGAGUAAGAAACUAAGAGAAAAGGACGAUAUUGGAUUCGCAAAAAGGAUCAAGUAGCUAAUUAGGUUAGAGGAGGUCAAUACGUAUUAAUUGCUUGUUUAUGUCUUUAGAUAAUGCUUAAGAACAAAUAUAUAAAAGUUGAAUAAGUCCUAAGGUUCUCUUAACAAAUGA